UCAGCCCGAGGCCCACUUACUCUUUGUUGUGCAGGCCUGGCGUCCUGAGGGCUCCUGGGGUUUCCUGGCAGCUGUGCUCCGGUGAUGGGCAUACCCGACUUGCUUCGCUCCAUCACAGAACCGGGGACCUGCAGGACCCCUGGACACAUGCCUGCCCUUUUGCGGGGGACAUGACCGAGGACCAGAAGGUCAGCGGGCUCAGGGCUGAGCCCCCAGCUGGGAGCCCCCUACAGUCUGGCCUCUGCCCUCUUCCUGGCCCGGCAGAGAGCUCUCCCCGCGUAGGGACCUCCGGGAGUGCGGGGUGUGCACUGAACAAACAGGUUAUUUGGGGGAGCUGCGGAGUUCCCUCCUUCGGGUCUGCGCAGCUUCCCACGGGGAGAGGAUGAGGAUGGUCAGGGGUGGUUCCGGUGUGCUGCCGUGGGACCCCUCAGAGCGUUGAGAUCACGGGCCUGCGGGCGCCGCGGUGUGGGGGCCGCUCGUGAGGGGCCAAGUCAAUCAGAAUGAAACCGACUAAGACGGUCAGAUCCUAGGCUCACUGGCCUUGUUCAGGAGCUUCGAGCCGCGCAGGUGCCCCUCUGUAUUGGACACAAAGAAUAGAACGUUGCCAUCAUCCCGGAAUGUCCUAAAGGACGUGCUGCUCUAAGUCCCUGGAUGUCCAAGUUCUUCCUGAUACCAGCCUCCCCCAAGAAGCCGUCAUCCCCGAUGCCGAUUCUCCACCGCAGGCAUCUGCCCCCCAUGCCCCAGCCCUCCAGGACAAGCCUGCUGAGAACUCCAGGGGGGAGUGAGCCACACGGCAUAUAAAAGGGAAGCAAGGAAGGACCGGAUGACUCUCCUGGUGGGGGAACGCGUAGCGAAGAAGGCAAGAAGGAGAAGAAGGCAAGAAGGAGCCGAGAGUUUGUCAAGGAGACGCGGCGCUAAGCAGCGGAGAGCACAGCCCCCAGCUCUGACUCGGUGAAGGCCAAUGUCUAAGGCCCAUAGUUCUUGCCCCUACUGGAGGCCCAAGAUGUUUCCUCCCCAACAGCAACCAAAAAAGGAAACGGAUUUCUUCCAGCCGCAGCCACCACCAUCUGGAGAGGCAACAGGACACACGAUGUAUCCCCCAAAGCAUCAGUUCAGGGGGCAGGACCCAGUUGACCUCACCAAAAUGGUCCACUCCCUGACACUGAACCAGCAGCAGUCGGAAGGAAGCAGGCCCCAACAGAAGACAAAGGGCCCCGAGCACAGUCUGGCUAGCCAGUACGAGGAGAAGGUGCGCCCCUGCAUCGACCUCAUCGACUCCCUGCGGGCCCUGGGCGUGGAGCAGGACCUGGCCCUGCCCGCCAUCGCCGUCAUCGGGGACCAGAGCUCGGGCAAGAGCUCCGUGCUGGAGGCUCUGUCGGGGGUCGCCCUCCCCAGGGGCAGCGGGAUCGUGACCAGGUGCCCGCUCGUGCUGAAGCUGAAGAGGCAGCUGCACGAGAGCGCGUGGAAGGGUCGGAUCAGCUACGGCACCAAGGAGGUCCAGCUCCAGGACCCCUCCCAGGUGGAGAAGGAGAUCCUCAAAGCCCAGAACACCUUAGCCGGGAACGGAGUCAGCAUCAGCCAUGAGCUCAUUAGCGUGGACAUCACUUCCCCCGAGGUUCCAGAUCUGACCCUCAUCGACCUCCCCGGCAUCACCAGGGUGCCUGUGGGAAACCAGCCCCAGGACAUUGGGCUGCAGAUCAAGGCACUCAUCAGGAAGUACAUUCAGAGGCAGGAGACAAUCAACUUGGUGGUGGUCCCCUGCAACGUGGACAUCGCCACGACAGAGGCGCUGAGCAUGGCUCAGGAGGUGGACCCCCAAGGAGACAGGACCAUAGGAAUCCUGACCAAACCGGAUCUCGUGGACAAGGGCGCGGAACCCAUGAUCGUGAAGGUGGCUCAGAACCUCACGUACCACCUGCAGAAGGGCUACAUGAUGGUGCGGUGCCGGGGCCAAGAGGAGAUCACCAACAAGCUGAGCCUGGUGGAGGCAACCAAGAAGGAAACCAUGUUCUUCCAGAAACAUCCGCAUUUCAGAGCUCUCCUGCAGGAAGGAAAGGCUACGGUGCCCUGUCUGGCGGAAAGACUGACCAAUGAGCUCAUCUUGCACAUCAAUAAAUCACUCCCGCUGCUAGAGGAGCAAAUACGGGAGAGCUACCAGAGGGCCACCGACGAGCUGCACCAGUUCGGAGAGGACACCCCCAGCAACGAGGCCGACAGGAUGUUCUUCCUGAUCGAUAAAAUCAAAAUGUUUAAUCAGGACAUUGAGAAGCUAACAGAGGGAGAAGAAGUCGUCAAGGAGAAAGAGACGCGCUUAUUUAACAAAAUCAGGGAGGAGUUUGAGAACUGGGUGCUCGUACUCACAGCCAAUACCCAAAAAGUUAAAAAUAUUAUUCACGAAAAAGUCUCAAUAUAUGAAAAGCAGUACCGCGGCAAGGAGCUUCUCGGCUUUGUCAACUACAAGACGUUCCAGACCAUAGUGCACCAGUACCUAGAACAGCUGGUCGACCCCGCACUCGCCCUGCUCCAGAAGGCUGUUGAAAUCGUCCGGCAAAUGUUCUCCGACACAGCCAAGAAGCAUUUUAGUGGAUUUUCCAACCUUAAUCAAAGAGCCCAGAACAAGAUUGAAGACUUAAAAACGAGACAAGCAGAAAUAGCGGAAAAUCUGAUCCGACUUCAGUUCCGAAUGGAGCAGCUGGUGUACUGUCAAGAUGAGAUUUACAGCGUGGUUCUGAACCAAGUCCGGAAAGAGGUUUUCAACCCAAUGGGAAAGCCCAUGCAGGAUCAUGAGUUGAAACUGCCUUUCUCAAAAGAUACGUCUUCGAUGUCGUCCAUCACUGAAAUUGGGGUGCACCUGAAUGCAUAUUUCUGGGAAACCAGCAAACGUCUGGCCAACCAGAUCCCAUUCAUAAUUCAGUAUUUCAUACUCCAGGAGAACGGCAGUUGCCUACAGAAAGCCAUGAUGCAGGUCCUACAGGAGAGGGAGAAUUACUCCUGGCUGCUUCAGGAGCAGAGCGACACCAUUGCCAAGAGGAGGUUCCUGAAGGAGAAAAUUUACCGGCUAUCUCAGGCACAGCGCACGCUCUAUAAUUUCUACGGUUAAAGGGGGCACGUCCGCGGAGGGGCAACGAUGCUUCGGGAUUUUCUCUUCUGUGCAUUCACCUUAAGGAGAGGCGAGAGGCGGCCUCUUACUUGGAACCAAGCUUUUCUGCUGCCCCGUGUCCACCUUCUCUGUACUGCGCUUGCGCUCAGCCCAGAGUUUGUAUCUAAAGUCCACACACACUCGGGGCUGUCACCUCCGCCAGGAGGUCCUCUCUGAUCUCCCCAAAGAGGUGGCUCUCCAGUCCUUGAGCACCACACCCCCGGGUCACAGCGUUGUCAACUACUGCUCUCUUUCUUUGUUAGGUUGUAAGGCCCCAGAGAGGGGAGGUCAGGAUCAUAUUCUUCUGUAUUUCCAGAAUCUUGGACGGCACCGGCUACACUCUAGUCCCUUAAUACAUGAUCUGUCACUGAACACGUGAAUGAGGAAGCCUCCCGGGCGCUACGGCUUAAAUCCAGACUUGGGUGGUUUCAGAUGGUGUCCCUUGGCUGGUCGCUCUCAGAGCAAUUCAGCCAUGCCACCUGCUUCCCGGGGUUGACCGUAGCCGUGUUUCUGGCCCCCCAAGGGAAAAGAGCUUGAAUGAUACCAAUUCUAAUGUAUAUGGUUUCCUGGCUCCAGUGAGCCCCCGUGGUGGCUGUGUGAAGUCUUAAAGAGAAGGUUAGUAAGGAAAAACAUUUUUUAAAGAAUGUAUUCGUUUAUUUGACACAGAGAGAGAGAAAGAGAAAGCACGAGCAGGGUGAGCAGGAGAGGGAGAAGCAGACUCCCCAGUGAGCCAGGAGCCCAAUGCGGGGCUCGAUCCCAGGAUUCUGGGAUCAUAACCUGAGCCAAAGACAGACACUUAACCGACUGAGCCACCUGGCGCCUCAGAAAAAAAAAUUUUAAUGCAGAGAUUUAUACCAGUGGCCAUCUCUAGGUUAGAGGAUUGUGGCUAAUUUUAUUUUGUUCGUCAUGCUAGGCAAUACCUACUUCAGAGGAAUUUUAGGAGGGUCAAGGGAAACCAUUUCUGCAAAACACCUGUCCCAAAGCAGGUGUUCAAAAAUGCCAGCAAUUCCUCCCUCCCCAUCCAACACCUCUUUCUUCCUUUCUCUCUAGGUCCGUAGAGCACCCCUCGCUUCUGAAACCCUUGCAGCCUGCUCUAUCUCCCUGUCCUUUGAUACUCUGUGAGGCAGCUGCUCUAAGGUGGUAGAGGAGCCCGAUCUCACUGUUUUGCACACGCACGCCCCGUUGUCCCAGCACCCUUGGUUGAAGAGACCAUCCUUCCCCCAAUGGUCUUGGCACCCUCGCCAAAAAUCAUCUGGCCAUAUGCAGAAGUGUUUAUUUCUGGGCUUUCUGUUCUAGUCCGCUGGUCUGUGUCUGACUUUAGGCCAAUACCACCGUCUUUUGGUAACAGUAGCUUUGCAUUAAAUUUGAAAUAAGGAAGCGGGGGUCCUUAGCGUCCUCCUUCUUUCUCAGGAUGUUUUUGCCCAUUUCGAGGUAGGUUAAGAUUGUACGUGAAUCUUAGGGUGGGUUUUUCCUCUCUCUACCAAAAAUGUCAUUGGGAUAUUGACAGGGACGGUGCUGACUCUGGAGGUCACUUUGGGGGAUAUCUGCAUCUUAACGAUAUUAAAUCUUGCAAUCCAUGAACACAGGAUGUCUUUCCAUUUAUUUAUGUCUUCUUUAAUGUCUUUGAGCAAUGUUUUUUUUAUCAUUUUCAGCGUAUGGGUCUUUCAUUCCUGUGAUUAGGUUAAUCCCCGAAUUGUUUAUUCUUUUUGAUGCUGUUGUAAGUGGAACUGGUUUUCUUCAUUUCUUUUCCAGAUCAUUCAUUUUUAGGGUUACAGAAAUGCAACUGACUUUCACGUGUUCAUUUCAUAUCUUGGUACUCUCCAAUUUGCUCACUAGUCCUAACAGGUUUUUGUUUUUUUGUUUUGGGGGAGUUUUGCAGAAUAUUUGUGGUUUUCCAUUUGUAAAGUCAUUAAAUCUUUGAACACUCUAUGAACAGAGAUCAUUGUACUUCCUUUCCAAUCUGGAUGUCUUUCAUUUUGUUAUCUUGCUGGAUUCGUCCUCUGAUCCCAUCUUGAAGUGGCAAAAGUGGAGUGUCCCUGGUUUUAAAGAACCUUUGCCAUAUUGAAGCUAACCGUUAUGGAAAGAGCAUAGGAAAGAGAAAAUAUUGGUCUUAGUUCUGGCAACCUUUACUUUUCUUUUUUCUUUUGUAAUUUGGAUUUUCCCCCUCAUUUUAUGAGUUGGGUCACGUAGCAGCUCUGAGAAGACCCACGGUCCCUGUUCCCUUGUUUGUUGUCUUCUUUACCUUUAAAUUGUAAACGCCGUUGUGAAAA